AAAUACCACCGCUCAAAGAUGAAUUCCGCCAGAGAAUCUGUUGAUAUUUAUUUAUCAUGUUGCAAUUUGGCUAGAAUGGACUUGAUGUCCAAGUCUGAUCCGUUUGCUAAACUGUACGAAAGUAACACAAGUUCAUCAUCGGGUGGUGUUGAUAAAUUCACGUUUCUGGGCAAUACCGAAACAAUUCAGAAUAAUCAUAAUCCAGUGUUCAAGACCAAGUUUAGUGUUCAUUAUUAUUUUGAGUGCGUACAGAAAUUUUAUAUUGAAAUCUAUGAUGACGAUGGUGGAAAUAAGAGUGAGCUUAUUGGCAAAACUAGAGAGUUUUCAUUAUCACAAGCUGUUUGCUCGAGGGAUGGUAAAUUAAAGUUAGAUCUUGUUUUGAAGAGUGGGAAAGUACAAGAUAUGAAAGUAGUUCUAUUCAAAUGUAAAGGUAUUGGAUUAGAUAAGAAGGAUUUCUUUGGAAAGUCAGAUUGUUACUUUUUCUUUGAAAAGGAAGUUGCUGGAAGAAGAGUCAAACUCUACACAAGUGAAGUUAUCUAUAAGAAUCUGAACCCUUCUUGGACAUCCUUUAAACUCAAUUUAGAUGAAUUCAACAAUGAUUACAACAAGGAUAUAUUUGUGACAUGCUAUGACAAGGACAAGUACUCGAAGGAUGAUUUAAUUGGAGAAUUUAAAUAUAAUUUGGACCAAGUUCUGAAUAAUAAUGUAAAACAAUUCCAUUUAAUUGAGCCAUCCCUUCAAAAAAAAAAGAAGAAUUACAAAAACUCUGGAGUGUUUGAGAAGGAAAACCGCCAAGAUCAAUUUUUAGACCACAUUAUGGGAGGAUGUAACAUUUCAGUAUCAGUUGGCAUUGAUUUUACUGCAUCAAACGGUGGUUUCACCAGUAGUAGCUCCCUCCAUUAUUUAAGUUCCAAGAAGAAUCACUAUCAACAAGCCCUUGCACAAGUUUUGCAAAUUUUGGAACCUUAUGAUUCUGACAAGAUAUAUGGUGGUAAGUAUUUGACUUUUAACACUUUCACUAAUUAUUCGAAAGCAUAUGGAUAUGGAGAAAUACUUGAAGCAUAUGAGAAGGCAGUUCCAAGACUAUCAUUUGGAGAUAUGGGAAGUGCCACUAAUCCAAAAACUGGAAAGCCUUAUCGAGGAGAUGACUUUUAUAGAGUUAUUGAACAUGUCGUUGAGAGAACUCCUCCUGUUACUCAACAACAACAAUUCUACAAUAUUCUAUUGUUAAUUAUUGAUGGGGAUGCAUUUGACAUGCAAGGCACAAUCGAUUCAAUUAUAGAGGCCAAUGACAAACCUAUCUCAAUUGUAAUUGUUGGUAUUGGUGGUAGAAGUUUCCCAAGUUGUAGAAAAUUCGAUGCUGAUGAUGAACCACUCAUUCACAGUAAUGGAACUAAAAUGACAAGAGACAUUGUUCAAUUUGUGAGCUUUUCUGAAUGUUCUGAUUUAACACAAUUAGCUUCUGAAGUGCUAGCUGAAAUACCCAAACAAAUGGUUACGUAUUUUGAAUCAAAAGAAAUUAUUCCUAAUCCACGACCUCAAAGUGCUUUCUACUAA